AGUGAGGCAGAAGUGAAUCCCAAAGCUUACCCCCUGGCUGAUGCACAGCUCACCAAAACGCUGCUGGAUCUUGUGCAGCAAUCCUGCAACUAUAAGCAGCUACGCAAGGGAGCCAAUGAAGCCACCAAAACACUGAACCGAGGGAUAGCGGAGUUCAUUGUGAUGGCGGCAGAUGCGGAGCCCUUGGAAAUCAUCUUGCACCUCCCUCUUCUCUGUGAGGACAAGAAUGUACCUUAUGUGUUUGUGCGCUCCAAGCAAGCCCUGGGGCGGGCAUGUGGUGUUUCCCGGCCAGUCAUCGCGUGCUCCAUCACCAUCAAGGAAGGAUCGCAGCUAAAGCCUCAGAUCCAGUCUGUCCAGCAAGCUAUAGAAAGACUGUUGGUCUAA